GUGGUGAUCGACUAUGCGCAGAUGUUGCAAAAUAAGCUAGAGCUCAUGAACAAGGAUUCUGGCUGCGGCUACUUCACGGGAAAUUUCUGCUUCAGCCGUAGCAUGGCCGAACCUUGCGACCUCCUGCAGGCCUUGGCACUUUUGCUCUCGCUGGCAGAGAAGCUGAUGCCCCUGGCGCUCGAGCUCAUGCAGGAGCAGGCCAAGUAG